CGAAGGUGGCUGGAAAUGAUGUAGCCCCCUGCCAAUAAUAAGAAAGGAACGUGCCUAAUUCCUAUAUUGAAACGGAUGUCGUCAUACGGCCAGGGACUAUUUCGCAAAUACGCAAAAGUACAGGGACUAAGACCGCGAAAUUUGAAAAUUCCCGGGGAGCGGACCAAAUGGUCUGCCAACGCCUGUGCCGAACAUCGUAUAAAGAGAGAAGGGAGGAUCGACGACGCUUUCGGUAUUGGUCCGUGACAACACCAUGGACUCAUUGCCCGAACACUGCGUCUCCGCCAUCCUCGCCCUCACGUCCCCUGAAGACGCGUGCCGCCUCGCCCCGGCGUCGUCGACCUUCCGAUCCGCCGCCCGGUCCGACGUCGUCUGGGGCGGGUUCUUGCCGCCCGACUGCGGCGCGGUGCUGUCGAGGCUGGCGAGGCGGCCGGAGUUCGGUUCCAAGAAGGAGCUCUUCCUCAGCUUGUGCCAGCCUCAGCUCAUUGAUUCCGGGAGAAAGGUGAUCGGAACUUUCAGCUUCAAGCUGGAGAGAUCGUCUGGGAAGAUAUCGUAUGUGCUGUCUGCGAGGGAGCUUUCCAUAGCAUGGAGCGAUGAACCCAUGUAUUGGAACUGGAAAUCUGCGCCCGAUUCGAGAUUUGAGGAAGUGGCAGAGCUCAGAACAACAGAUUGGCUAGAGAUCGAAGGCCGAAUGCCCACGGCAAUGCUAUCCCCGAACACCCUCUACGAAGCCUAUCUCAUCAUGAAGAUCUCUCACCGCGCGUAUGGGCUGGAUGUGAUGCCAUCCCAAGUGUCCAUCGAAUUGAAAAACCAGGUAGUGUCCAAAAGCACAGCAAUUCUGCAUCGGAGCCAUCGCGACGGCAUCCACAAGCAAAGACCCGGCAUUUUCGGCACGAACGGAGCGGCCGGAGGCGAAGAAUGGAAAGUCCCGAUCGGAAGACAAGACGGGUGGAUGGAGGUUGAGCUCGGGGAGUUCUUCAACGGCGGAGGAGGCGGCGGCGACGAUCACCGUGAGGUGGUGAAGAUGAGCUUCAAGGAGGUGAAGGGGUAUCAGCUGAAGGGAGGGCUUGUCAUCGAAGGCAUUGAAGUGAGGCCCAAAAGAAUUGCCUGAAAAAAGAUCAUAUCAAACAGUUGCAAGGAUGAUCAUCAAGGUUGUCCGUUUUCUUCGCCCAAAUUGUCUUGUCUUGUCUUUUUUCCUUUUCUUUCCUUUUUUUGUCGGACAAACGUUGUGCAUUUUGGUGCUUUUUGAUAAUUUUUUUUGCAGGGUAUUUUUAUUAUUC